AUGAAUCAGCAGCUGCGGGCCGGGCCGCCGGGCCCUGGCGCGGACCCCCGGGUGCCUCACUCGACCCCACCCUUUCCUCCCGCCGUCCGGGGAAGGCGCGGCGGCGGGAGGGCAAACUGCGCAUGCGCAACCCGCGCGCCGUUGUCCCUGGCAACACUGGCUGCGCCAGCCCAGGUCGGCGUCUCGCGGGCCUGGCCUGGGCGCUCGGCCAGAGCGCCAGGUCCCCACCCCCAGCUCCCGGCGUCCUGCAGCCUGAGCCCGCCUCGUCUGGCUCCUGCGCCCGCCCUCCAGGGCCCCUGCCCAAGCUCGCAGACGCCGGCGGCGUUCUCCAGCUCGAGUGCCCGGGCUAGGGCAGGUUCUGAGUGGUGGCGGCGCUGGCCUGGGCCCUGCCACGCGGAGGCGCUCUUCCGUCAGGACGGCGCCGCCGGGGUCCCGCGAUUCCAACUCGGGGGUCCCGGAGAGGCGCGGGGCGGGAACGGCCUGGCAGCUCCCAGCAGCAAGGGGCGAUCCCCCCCGCCCCCGUCCCGCAGCAGACCCCGAGCUGCCCGGGCCCCUCCUGCGCCACGUGUGCCCAGAGCUCCGCCCGGGGAAGACUUCGCUGCUUGUUGGAGAUGCCCAGCGGCAGGGGUCGAGGACUCAGGAGGAAGGGAAACGGGGGAUCCCGUGUCUGGACUUUCUCCUCCACCCUCUUGCCUUCGCAGCUGUAAAGCCGGGGAGGGGAAGGGUGGCCGCCCCGCCAGCAGAGAGCCCAAGGUGUUCCAUGGUCAGUGAGGGCCGGCACUGGCUCUGCACGAAGAUCUCCUCACCUCCCCAGUGGCUCCUGGCCAGCUCCCCACAGACAGCCCGGGGCACUUGUCCCUGGAAAUGGUGGUGCAGCCAUGCUUGGGCCAAAGCCCAUGAGGGCACCAGAACCACGAAAGGCUCCUCCACUGAGAGGGAUACU